UAGUGUGUGCCGUGUGCAAAACGAUAUCGCCCCGCCAGAUGAGUCAGUCCGUAUCUACAGCCGGCGAGUAUUUAUCGUAGAGUGAGAAAGCUGCAUAGAGAGCAUAGCUUGUGUUGUUGUUGUCGUCAAAAUGCCGCCCAAAUUCGGAGGAGGAGAGAAAUGUGGUAUCUGCCAAAAGACAGUUUACGCACAGGAGCGCAUCGAGGCGGGAGGAAACCCCUACCACAAACAAUGCUUCAAGUGUAGCCACUGCAAAAUGUCUUUAAAUUUGAACAACUACGCCCAGGCUGAUGGGAUCCUGUACUGUAAAAACCACUACCAGUCUGAGGUGGUGGCCAAGAACACGCAGACUCCCAUAUAGCACUCACAACUACACUCCAGCAGGGCGCCGGAAUCCGAUUUGGGAAUGGAGUCAUACAUAUCUGUCACUUGUCGUCGCGUGUCACCCUACAUUAAAAACAGCUGAUUGUUGUUUUCCACGUUUCGGUUGACGUGUAUGACGUCUGGUCUCAAAUCCGCUGCAAGCCAGCUCCAGUGUUGACUGAAUGAUUAAUGAAUGGUUUUCGUAUGUAGGUGUAGAAUAGACUGCAUGUGGCUAGUCGACUGUCGACACUUUCUCUGUACGUCUCGGUUUUCUUACGGAAAUUCUGCUGUGACACAAUUUUCACGUCUGCUCGGAAAAAGGUCCUUGACUCAGUGUUCAUUUUAGUAUAGUCAGACAUGUAUCUAUAACUACCAGUGUAUAUACCAAACGGCCUGCCUUCGAUACGAGCCGAUUCAGCCCACGACGAGCGUGCUUCAAACAACUCGGUUUAGUGUAAAUGUUUUACCUCUUUGCCCUUGAUCUAUACAACAUGGCUUUCAAAAGCAGGCGGCAUUUACAUGGAGAUCAAAUAUAUACAUGUCAUGUCUAGUAUUUAUACUAAAGCGAUAUAACUGGUGCUCGAUAUAGACAGGUGGUUGUUAUACUUGGUUCCCUUUAAAGCAGGUUCCACUGUACACUUGUACUGUUAAUGGUGUUAGGAUUCAAGAAUUGACUUUUCGUUUGGGUCUGUAUCGUUUCUUUAAAUACAAGUCAGAUGAUACUUUAUUUGUACUCAUAUUAUUUGGUGACAGACGGUAGCUGUUGGUUCCUUUUUUAAAAUGGAAAUCUGACAAUUAAUACGUAUGUAUAAUAUUCCGAUCUACCUCUCAAUUAUUUUGCCCUUUUUUCCACGUACUUGAGUAGUUUUCUUUUGUAUCGUUGAGUUUCCGUUUACGAACAUUGUCGUCUGCAAGAAAAUAUGAUUUCAGAAAAAUAUAGAAAAACCAGAGGCCAGCUCUCGUAUUGUUUUUAAUGUUGUGUUAUGUUGAUUAUUUUCCUUACAUUCUUAAAUUAUAAUGGGGCCACACAAUAUAUUUUAAGGUAUUUAUUCCGAAAUUGUAGGGUGUGGGGAGAGCAUGUGAUAGAACGUUCUCAUGUCUGCUUUCAAAAAGCAACACAAAAAGCUAUGUACUUUUAUUUCUAAGAUCCUAUGUAUUAUACAUUUGUAUCACGAUAGAAUGAAAUUUAGAAGCAAUAUGCAUGGAUGCAAGUGCUUAUUUUGUAAUGUGUCAUAGAUUGUGGAUGAAGUUUUAUAAAUCUGAACACAUUAGGAGUUACAGUUAAUGAGACUGGUACGGGGCAGGCGAAGUGUCGACAAUCCGUUUAGCAGGGUCGCCACUAGGUUCUAGAUUCGGGGCUUGGGCUACCAACCGUUCUAACCCCUCUAAACACUGAUUGCAGGGGCUGACCCUGAAAUAUUAGGGUUGGGAACAACAGCCUUAAAAGGGCACGUAAAUGAAAAUUGUAAACAAAUUGUAAAAAAAAGAAAAGGGAUGGGUUUUUUUUAGGGGAACAGGUGUCCUUGGCCUCCGCCUUUGGAUUAUUGUUGUACGACAAUGUACACUGAUGUACAAACCAUAUGUUGAACAAGUGUUGUACUUGUUUUGUGAAUUUCAACAAUGUCGAGAACAUUUUCAUCAAAGGGUACUAAAUACAUUCGGGAUAGUCUGGUAGAAACGGUACAGGGCCCCCAUAUCGUAGGGCCUAGCGACGCCCCUGGCAUAGUGUAUGAAAGUUCCGUGUGUUUACGUUUCGCCUAAUUAAUGUCACUAGUCUCCAACGCCUCUGUUAUUUGGUGCUGCUGCUUGUAUGACUAAUUAACGUGCUUUAUCGGCUUCUCAAUAUCUUCUUAACAUUAGUUUUACCUCAAAUUUCCUGCCGUGUAAUUUGCUAGCUAAAAUUAAAAUAAUAGAGGUGAAAUCUGAAGCGAGUCACUGAUUGUGUUAAUUUACUUUCACCAUCUUUAAGACAAUUAUUUUGGUUAAUAAAAAAAAAAAUGUGCGCAAGUUUACUGUUAACGUCUUAAGUAAAUUGCUAUGCAGUUUUACGUGUUUUUUUUGUCUAUAAAUUUAGACAUUUAAAUUAAUAUACACGUGAAGUGAGGUUUUCACAACCUCGUUUUGUAACAACUCUCUGCUCCUUGCCCCCCCCCCCCCCCAUCCUCAGUGUGUGUUAUAAGUGCCUCAUACAUGCCUGUACUAGACUGCAGUAAUCACCGCUUUAUGUUCAUUUUGGUUUAUUCCAUGUACUUGUUAAUGUUCUAAGUCAUAGUAUAUAUACAGUUAGUUGUUUAUAUUCCAUACCAGUGCGCCUUACAUGAUGUAGAUGAACAUUGUAUACAUAUACACCCCGGCCUCGCCUCGGCUGCUGGGGAUGGACAUAUUAUAUAUAGGAAUAAAACUUAUAUCUCA